AUGCAUGUGUUUCAGAUGCUGGGAACUCUCGCUGCUGUGCCCAUCAAGGUGCCUCAAGUCAGCUCCCUGCACCGGCUGGCAGGACAAGCAGCCACUGUGCUACCUCAGGUCAGGCCAAAGACCCAGAUCCCGGACAGCCUUCCCCACAGCCCCUGUCAGGAGCUGCAGCCGCUCAGCCUGCAGAGGGCCACCGCCGUGGUCAGUCCCAAGAGCCAGGGCCCCACCCUGCCCACCGCCAACAGCACCUUCAGUCCCGACCACCAGCCCAACGGCCAGAGCGACGCCUCUCCGCCACCCGCCCCUCCCCAUGACCCGUCGGGGAGCCCAGACUCCAGCAGUCCGACCCAGCACGCCUCGGCCGGACCCGGCGUGGCGUACGCCAUCAUUGCCGCCUCUCCCGCCACAGGAAACGGAGUGUCUGCUGUCAGCGAGGCCGUCAAGGUGAUAAUAAUCCAGCCUCAGGCUCCCAGCAGCACUGACGGGCCCCCGGGGGCCCAGGCUGACCUGCCGCCGCAGGAGGCGCCGCCCGCCCCGAAGUCCCCGUCGCAGAAGAAAGACGAGGAUCCCGAGAAAAUCGCCUUCAUGGUCGCGCUCGGCCUCGUCACCACAGAACAUCUGGAGGAGAUUCAGAUGAAGCGACAGGAGAGGAAGAGACGAAGCACAGCCAACCCAGCGUACAGCGGCCUGUUCGAGCCCGAGCGGAAACGUCUGGCGUCACAUUACCUGAACAGCUCCCUCUUCCUGUCAGCACGAGACUCUGAGGAUUUCUGCUGGAAGGUACGUCACAUGACAUCAAAAUAUCUUACUUUGAAAAACUUUCUUUAA